AGGUCCUUACCUUGCUACACAGCCAUUGGACAAUUCCUUGCUUUCUCAGUCCAACCUAGUUCCCCCCGCAAGCCAUCCUGCAUCGACCCAGCCUCCGGUGGCAGGCAGCUCCACCCCAUCAUCAACCCCAUCAUCCACCGCCAGCACCGCCGUAGCAAUGAACUCAAGCAGCUCCAUCCCUUCCACCGCUACCACUGCCAACUCUACCUUGACCACAACUGCCACUUCGUCCUCCUCUUCCAGCAUGGGCAGUGGGAUGCCGGCAAGCAAACCUUCCUCAUUCCCGCCAUUUGGCAGCAUGAACAAUGCCACCCCCUCGUCCCUUUCCACGCAGCCCGCAACGGUCCAGAAUGGGCAGGCUGGGACGCAGCCGCAACAGCAAGCAGCUGGGAUACCUGGGGAAGCCCCCUCUCUCCCCGCACAGCCGCACCCAGAGGUUUCCGAGAGCACUAUGGAGCGUGACAAAGUGGGGAUCCCCACUGACGGCGAUUCGCACGCGGUCACUUACCCGCCGGCCAUCGUUGUCUACAUCGUCGAUCCUUUCACGUACGAGAAGAAAGAGGAGAGCAGCUCCUCCAACGUGUGGACUCUUGGCCUUCUCCGCUGCUUUCUAGAAAUGAUCCAAAAUCUUCCUCCCCACAUCAGAAACAUUGUUUCUGUUCAGCUCGUUCCUUGUCAGUAUCUGUUACAACCUGUCAAGAAUGAAGACAGACACAUCUACACUCAGCAUCUGAAGUCGUUGGCGUUCUCAGCCUUCACGCAGUGCCGCAGACCGCUCCCCACGUCAACCAAUGUGAAAACGUUAACCGGGUUUGGCCCAGGCUUAGCAAUGGAAAUGGCACUCAGAAGUCCUGAGAGACCGGAGUGUAUCAAGCUAUAUGCGCCGCCUUUCAUAUUGGCUCCUGUCAAAGAUAAACAGACCGAGCUGGGAGAAACAUUUGGGGAGGCUGGGCAGAAAUACAACGUGCUUUUCGUGGGUUACUGUCUUUCCCACGAUCAACGGUGGCUUCUUGCGUCAUGCACAGAUAUGUAUGGAGAACUCUUGGAAACAUGCAUCAUUAACAUUGAUGUACCAAACAGGUACCCAUUUGUGUUGGCUGCUCUGGUGCCAGCUUAG